AUGGGCCUGUUCACAUCGGCCGCUAAGAGAUGCAGCAACGGCAAGAAGUUCCUCCGCAGUGCGGACGCGUGCUGCUGUUCGCCGUCCGCCUCCGCCCCUGGUGUUGUGCGCGGCAAGGAAGAGGCGUCGACGUCUGCGCCGGCUUCCACGCCAGAUAGCAAGAAGAAAAGGUGGAGGAACAUGACGUUCUGGAGGAAGAAGAGGAAGGCCAACAAGGAGAGCGGCGAUGGCAGCGGCGAGCUCGCGGACCUCGUCAACAACAUUUCGGCUAAGUCGGAUGUCUGCAAGAAUGUGAAUGCGGCCGAGGAAAUCCUACGGGGCAGCAACCAGAACAUGCCCGACAGAAACUUCAAUGUUGUGAUGUUCUUCAACAUCCGAGUCAUCCAACUCCUCUUCAUUGAAGACUAUGUCCUCAGGGUCAGUGUGAACACCAUACUCAUCCAUGGCCUCCACCAUGCCUACAAAAGAAUGAAAUGGCGUAUUCAGCCAUUGAAAAGAAAAAGGUUAGCAGGUCGUAAGCUUACUGUGAACUUGAUGUAUUUGUCGCUGCAGAUCAGAAGGUUCAAAGUUUAUAUCAAAUUCAUGUGGACCACCAAAGAUGAGACAUGCAUCUUGCGGAUGCUCUUCCUGUACUCCAACUACUACAAUGAGGUAAGAGCUCUCCAUGUUGAUCUGGAAGUUGGGCUUCAUCUUCAUGAAGUUGAUCUUCCUGGAGAUGAGCGAUUUCAUCUUCCUCAUGUGCAGGCUGAUGGAGGGGAGGCUGGUGUGAGUGGAUGA